CCGCCGCAGGUGAGCCUAGGGCGGGCCGCCGGGUCCUUCCUCCGCUUCCCGGGCGCGCGGCGGACAGACCGCCCCUUCUGCGGCCGGGCGCACACGGAGCUCUGCGGGCCGCGGAGCCCGCGCCCGCGCCGAGCCCGGAGCCAUGGCCCUGGGCGAGCUUGCGCUGUGCCGCCGGCUGCUGGACAGCCGCCACUCGCGGAAGCUCAUCCUGUUCAUCGUGUUCCUCGCGCUGCUGCUGGACAACAUGCUGCUCACCGUGGUGGUCCCCAUCAUCCCAAGUUACUUGUACAGCAUUGAGCAUGAGAAAAAUGCUACAGAAACUCAGACUGCCACGCUAGGGCUCACAGCCUCCCCUUCAGGCAGCUUCCAGAGCAUCUUCUCCUAUUAUGACAACUCCACCAUGGUCACCGGGAACACCACCAGAGACCUUCGGGAGGGGCUGCUGCAGAAGGCCACCACACAGCACAUGGUCACUAACGUGUCCUCUGCACCUCCUGACUGUCCCAGUGAGGACAAAGACCUCCUGAAUGAAAAUGUGCAGGUUGGCCUGCUGUUUGCCUCUAAAGCCACCGUCCAGCUCCUUACCAACCCAUUCAUAGGACUCUUGACCAACAGAAUUGGCUAUCCAAUUCCAAUGUUUACAGGAUUCUGCAUCAUGUUUAUAUCGACAAUUAUGUUCGCCUUCUCCAGCAGUUACGCGUUCCUGCUGAUCGCCAGGUCACUGCAGGGCAUUGGUUCCUCCUGCUCGUCCGUGGCUGGGAUGGGCAUGCUGGCCAGCGUGUACACGGAUGACCAAGAGCGAGGCCAUGCCAUGGGGAUCGCCCUGGGAGGCCUGGCCAUGGGGGUCUUAGUGGGCCCCCCCUUUGGGAGUGUGCUGUAUGAGUUCGUUGGGAAGACAGCUCCGUUCCUGGUGCUCGCUGCCCUGGUGCUCUUGGAUGGAGCCAUUCAGCUCUUUGUGCUCCAGCCGUCCCGCAUACAGCCCGAGAGCCAGAAGGGGACGCCGCUCACCACCCUGCUGAAGGACCCAUACAUCCUCAUUGCUGCAGGAUCCAUCUGCUUUGCAAACAUGGGGAUUGCCAUGCUGGAGCCAGCCCUGCCCAUCUGGAUGAUGGAGACCAUGUGUUCCCGCAAGUGGCAGCUGGGCGUUGCUUUCUUGCCGGCUAGUAUCUCUUAUCUCAUUGGAACCAAUGUUUUUGGGAUACUCGCACACAAAAUGGGGAGGUGGCUUUGUUCUCUUCUAGGAAUGAUAAUUGUUGGAAUCAGCAUUUUAUGUAUUCCAUUUGCAAAAAACAUUUAUGGGCUCAUAGCUCCCAACUUUGGAGUUGGUUUUGCAAUUGGAAUGGUAGACUCAUCGAUGAUGCCCAUCAUGGGCUACCUGGUAGACCUGCGACACGUCUCUGUUUAUGGGAGUGUGUAUGCCAUUGCAGAUGUGGCAUUUUGUAUGGGAUAUGCUAUAGGUCCUUCCAUUGGUGGGGCUAUCGCAAAAGCAAUUGGAUUUCCCUGGCUCAUGACAAUUAUUGGAAUAAUUGAUAUUCUUUUUGCUCCUCUCUGCUUUUUUCUUCGAAGUCCACCUGCCAACGAAGAAAAACUGGCUAUUCUCAUGGAUCACAACUGCCCUGUUAAAACAAAAAUGUACACUCAGAAUAACAUCCAGUCGUAUCCGAUAGGUGAUGAUGAAGAAUCUGAAAGUGACUGAGACCCUCAAAAGUCACUUAAGUAUUUAAUUGUAUAAAGGUGUUUCUAGUGAAAUGACUCCUCCUGAACUUAGGCAUACCAUCCAUCCAUCCCUGGUGAAAAAGUAAACCGACCAAAGUUUAUCAUUUCUUUUCCAAGGUUAUGAUCGAUUGCCAAUAGCCUUAUAAAGAAAAAGCAGCUUUUCUAGGGGUUUUGUAUAAAUAGUGUUUAAAACUUUAUUUUAUGUA